AUGAGCGGUCCCGGUGUCGGUUUCGAGUAUCCUCGCCAGGAGGUUUCCUGGGUGAAGCGUGAUGUCUUGCUCUUCGCGAACACCGUCGGCUGCACCGAUCAGGAGCUGCACUUCCUCUAUGCAAGUCCUCUUUUGCUCAUUUGCUUGUCACAAACUGUUGGCCAACCUUUGAUCUACAGGAACUUCACCCGAACUUCGCCGUCUUCCCGACCUAUCCCAUUAUCCUCUGUAGGCCACCACGCGGCGCAUACGAACCCUUCCGCGACUGACAACCCGCUAGCUUUCAAGGGCAAUGCCCAGGAUGUGAUUGACUUCUACGCCGCCCAGAAGUCCGUUCAGAUCCCUAAUGUUCCCUCUUUCGACCCCCGGCGCGUUGUCGACGGCCAGCGCAAACUUGUGCUUCACAAGUCCCUCCCCACAAGCUCGGAGGGCAAGAAGUUCGAAGUCCGAACCAAGGUCCUCGGCGUUUACGACAAGGGCCGCCCCGGAUCCGUCGUAGAGACCCAGACCGACCUCGUCGACGCUGAAUCCAACGAGGUCUAUGCCAGCGUCAUUACUAGCAGUUUUUACGUCGCCCAGGGCAACUGGGGCGGUCCCAAGGGCCCCGCGACCGAGAACUUCCCCCCGCCCAAGGACAAGAAGCCCGACGUCACUUUCGAGCACCAAACGAACAAGCAGUCGGCCCUGCUGUACCGACUGAACGGCGACUACAACCCCCUCCACGCAACUCCCGAGCCCGGAAAGAAGAUGGGCUUCCCCGGUGCCAUCAUGCACGGCCUGUACUCGUGGAACUCUACGGCCCACGGCCUGCUUGAGGCAUUCGGCGGCAGCAACCCUGCCAACAUCAAGGAGUACCAGGCGAGAUUCGCCGCCCCCGUCAUGCCCGGCGACAAGCUUGUGACGGAUGCUUGGCGGACUGGGGAGGUCAAGGACGGCUUUGAGGAGAUCCGCUUCCAGACCAAGGUUGAGGGAGGCAAGAUUGUUCUGAGCAACGGACGCGCCUUGAUCAAGGUUGUGGAGCCUCUCAAGUCGAAGCUGUAA